AAGAAAAAGAAAGAGAAACGAAAAAAACGCGGGACAAUUAGGGGAUUGGAAACCCUUGUCCGCAUAGACAUGACCCUCCAUCCAAACAGACACUUCCUCUCCAUCAAUUCAACUGAAGACUCUGAAUAUGUGUGAAAUGAAAUGCAAAACUGAAACCAGAGAGGAAGGAGAUGGCGUUAGCUUGUAGGGCUUUAUCGUUGGCCAAAAGGGGUUUCGAAAGUCGUCGUCAAUGGCAUUUGAUAGUUCCUCUCAAAUCUCAGGUUUUGAUUUGCUGCAACAAUUAUUCGUCAAUUUCGAGCCCUCUGAUUACCCGAUUGCUUCAAGAACCAAAAUCGCGAAUCAAAGCGACCCUCGAUUCAGAGGGCAACAAUUUCACAUCCGAGUUUUCAUGGGAUGCCCUCAUCACUGCUCUCAAGUCUUCUUCAUCUACUGACAAAGCUCAGCUGGUUUUGGAAUGGAGAUUAGAGAAAUUGCUAAGAGAUAAUGUGAGAGAUCAUGAUUGUUACUCUGAAUUGAUAUAUCUAUUUGGAAAGGUCCAAAACGUGUCUGCCGCGAUGCAUGUGUUUACUUCGAUGGAGGCCCAUGGAAUCAGACCCUCUUCAGCCGUUUUCAAUGCACUCAUAGCUGUCUUCUUGUCUUCAGGUAAUAUAAUAACAGCAUUAAGCUUAUUCGAAAUAAUGGAGAAUUCAGAGGGCUUUAAGCCUAAUUCUGACACUUAUAAUGCUUUCAUUUCGGUGCACGCAAACACGGGAAAUGAUAAGGCCAUGCAAGCUUGGUACACGGCCAAAAGAAAUGCUGGGUUUUCUGCUGAUCUUCGGACCUAUGAAUCUCUCGUUUCAGGUUGUGUCAAAUUAAAACAAUUUGAUGCUGCUGAUAAAUUUUAUGAAGAGAUGAUUCUAUCAGGAAUCACCCCUAAUUUAUUCAUAUUAGAGAGUAUGCUUGUGGGGCUCUGCGAGCAGAGAAAUUUAGAUAAAGUUAAGGAGUUCUUGAUGUUCAUAGUGAAUGGUGGGUGGAAGAUUAAUGGAUAUACGACUCAGAAGCUUGUGGGGUUGUAUGGUGAACUUGGGAGAGUGGAAGAGUUGGAGGAGCUACUACUGAGUUUAAUGAAAUGUAAUCAACUUCCGGAAGUUAUGUCACGGGUGCAUUGUGGGAUUAUAAGGAUGUAUGCUAUGUUAGAUAGAUUGGACAAUGUAGAAUACUCCGUUGGGAGGAUGUUGGAACAAGGGAUCUCAUUCAGAUGCCCUGAUGAUGUCGAAAAGGUUAUUUGUUCAUACUUCAGGAAGGCAGCUUACGAUAGGUUAGACUUGUUUUUAGAACGUAUAAGAGGUUCUCACAAGUUGACUAGAUCGACUUACAAUUUGUUAGUUGCCGGCUACCGAAGAGCAGGCUUAUCUGAGAAAGUGAUUAUGAUGAUGGAUUCUAUGAAGCUGGCUGGAUUUUCAUAGUCUUUUUCAUGUUUCUAUAGCUGAUUUCAUGUAUUAGCACAUUUGGCUGGAAUGUUCAUCAAAGUCCCUAUUCAGCCAUCAACCUUCAAGGCUCAGUUUAAGCUAUAACACUAAGGAAGGGAUAAGGUAAAUGGUUAAGGUUGGAAUGAAUUUGGUGCAUUUUAGCUUGGAUAAAAUAAAAUCGAGCUUGUCACGUUUUGGACAAGAAAGAAACUAAAUGAAAAUCAAGAGAGAACCGACCUUCUGCUGAAGACUUUUCUGGUCAAAAGUUCAAUUUCAUCUUUCUGUACGGUAUCUUCAUAUUGCAAUGUCUGAAAUUCAGUCUAUAUCUUUUUUAGCAUGGGAGUCUAUAUGUCCAUGAUUUAUUAUGGUAAGAUGAAUGCGGAAACUAACCCUAAAAUUUGAUCUUCAUUCAGUUGAUAAUGACACUGGUGGGAUGAUGUUGUCAAGUUGGAAUAUUUACUCAUCACUUUAACACAUUCAUCGCCUGCAUUUUUUGAUUGACAGAGCGUACCAUUUAAGGAAGCUAGACACUUGAAAUAUUGAGGUGCCAUCAACGUGUUUUGGGACUUCCAAGGAUGCAAAUAUGAGAAAAGGAAGGGCUGAAGCACCAAAUUGAGUUGUACAAUGGUUGAGUGUUAUACUGGCAAUGUUGUCGAUGUUAAACUUGAAGUGUAUCAUUUGGCUAUUAAUUUCAGAGCCUUGACCAAAAAUUUGUGAGAUGUACAAAGGUAAUCUGCCGUUGUGCAGUUAUCUUCUCCGAUGACCAAUGCAUUAUGCCGCCUGCAACAAAAUGGGAUGGAACUUAACUGCAUAGAGCUAGCUGUUCAUUUAAUUUGAGACAUGGUGUCCAAGGAAGCAAGUGGUCACCCCCAAUGCCAUGGUACUGCUCUCAGCCGAAACCUUCAUGCAUCUGCUGCCUUUUUUGGGCUGUAAAUUGUUUCAGAGAAUGUAGUUAUGUUCUGUACAGAUAAGCCAUUGUUUCUGUACCUGUUAUCUCUGGUUACAAUUGUCAUUAUAUGGAUGAAUUUGCACUCUGUUUACAGGUAUUAAUUAUAAGCUCAUUUUACCAGCUAUUA